UUAGUUGUUUGUUUGGUGCUGCGAAGGCAGACGAUUCAAUUUUCCAAUAGUACUGGGAUUAUGAAAUGUAAUUAAAAUUGGGGUGUAUAGUUUGAAUUAGCGGAGAAACAGCUCGCUAUCAGACCGCCUAACUGAUCAGUAUUUUUUUGUGAAUUAUUUUUCCCUUUGUAGUUUUGUUCACGCGAUACAUUAAUUUGACUUAACGAUACCUCUUUUAUUAGACGCCUCUUUUUUUAACUGAAAGAAUAAUGUUGCAGUCUCGAUCUUCCACGUUCAAAAUGAUGCAAAAUGAAGUCAAGGCAGAUCGCCAAAUAACAUCGUUUCCGAAACCGUAUCGUUCUGAUGCUACACCGUAUUCAGGAAUAGAUUUCGAUCCUUACGUCAAAGAAACUUGUUGCUCGAGUACUUCAUUAGUGGCAGGGUUAACAAUUGCAAAGGUUAUUAUUUUAGGUGAUGUCGCUGUUGGAAAAACCAGCUUAGUCAACAGGUUUUGUCAUGAAAUUUUUGAUAGCAACUACAAAGCAACCAUUGGAGUUGAUUUUGAAGUGGAACAAUUCAAUAUUCUAAAAGUUCCAUUUAAUUUACAAAUCUGGGAUACUGCUGGACAAGAGAGAUUCAAAUCAAUUGCAUCCUCUUAUUACAGACGAGCUCAUGGGCAAACUCUUCUUCAGACAUCACCAAAGGCCUUCUCUGAAAUGGAAUCACGAGGAAUGAAAGUAGCAGCAGAACUGGGAGCUGAGUUAUGGUGUGUGUCAUCAAGAACAGGCGAGAGAGUGACGGAAAUGUUUCACAGGGUUGCAGCUCUAACAUUCAAUUCUACUUUUCCAAGGGGUGAUGAAAGAAUCAAGCAAGUAGCUUUGGGUGGUAAUCUUAUGGCCUUUAAGAACCCAUCCAAAAUGUCUCAUCAAAAGUGUGUAAGUUGCAACUAACAUGCACAGAGUGGAAGAGGAAGUCCAAUGAACACAUAUUCAUUGUAAUAAAGAGCUAGAAUUAAUGAAGCAAUUGGUAUUCCAUUGUAUUUCAUGUCAUCAGAUAAGUCUGGACAAAUUAUUAUGAACCCUUCGUUUGUCUCAUCUUCAAUUUUUCCCUUUCAUUAAGUUCUUUGUCGUUACACAUAUUUUAAAUUUUGAAAUUAUAAGAACAAAUUCUAAUGUUAUAUUUAUUAGUCUUAAAAAGUAGAAACUUUUGAUUUUGAAUAUUCUUUAGUAUAUUCAAGAAAGAAUGGGUUGUAUUCAAGAGUGCUAAAGAUGUGAAACAAAUUGACAUUGGUAGUUGCUCAUUUUGUUUAGUAAAUUUUAAUUGUUAGGCUGUAAAGCCCGAAUAAAAUAAAGAUGUGUUUGACAUUUGGCUGUGGAGUAGGGAUGGAUGAUUUAAUUAUGAUUAGUACAACAAUUUAUUAUUUUAUAUGCUCAAUCAAAAAAUUGAAAUAAAUUAAUUUAUUAUGUUUUUGCGAAAUUCUUUUUAAUAUUUUUUAUAUUACAAAUUUCUUAAUAUUUCGCAAAAAUUACCAAAAUUUUCAGAAAUCUAUGCUUGACCCUAAUGAAAGAGCUAAUUACAAAGAAGAAAUUUCUUUUGAGGAAAAAAUCUAUAUCUUCAAUUUUGUAGUUGUAGGAACAUACUGAAAAAAAUAUCACACUUCCACAAUUUUAGAAAUGUUAGAGUUAACAGUGGAAAUCAGUACUAUGCCAUCUUUAUUAAUGUAUUUUGUUUUAUUCUUACGAAAUAUUUAAUGAAAAAAUUUUGAGCCUUUUUUGAGAAAUGUUUGGAAAUAUGCCAGGAGCUUCAUAUAAAGAUCACCCCAAAGUUAAAGAAUAUUAUUCAAAAUGGCAUAGCUUCGAGUGAGGCCAGAUCGACCUGGGAGUAUUCAGUUUGGAACAAAUCCUAUGCAGAGUUUAGGCGCUAGUGUUGUUCCUGGACAGACGGACGUUUUGGAAUAAGAAAAAACACUUCUUCGUUGUCACGGUACACCAAAAUGAGUAUUACAGUUGAAAUCUCGAAAUCGAUUUUU